AUGGACGCUCUGCUUCAAGUUUCCGUCGAUGGGUUUAAAUUCGAGAACGGAUCUGGAUCUCGAUCUUGCUGCAAACCCAGAAACAAUCUCGAAUCCGGUAACAACAAUCUCUUCAUCGUCGAACCCGAGACCACGAAUCAUUCCUCACCGUCCGAUUCUCCUCCGUCGGUGUGUUUGGAUAACUCCCCUGUUCUCAAGUACAUCAAUGACAUGUUGAUGGACGAAGAAGAAGAAGACCUCGCAGGCCAAUCUCGCUUCCUGCAGCAAGACAAUUUAGCUCUACAAGCCGCAGAGAGAUCCUUCUACGAGAUUCUCCAGCAACAAUCCCCAAGCUCCUCCGGCGACCAAGAUUUCACUCUCCCCGGAAACUUCAGCUCAACGACGACUCUAACAACCGACUCAGCAUCUCUCGUCUCCAACGGCGAAUCAUCACAUAGAAAGUACCGUCACCGGAACGACGAAGAAGACGACCUCGAGAACGGCCGGAGAAACAAACAACCCGCAAUCUUCGUCUCGGAGAUGGAAGAGCUCGCAGCGAAGUUCGAACACGUGUUGUUAGUCUGCAAAGCGAACCAAGAAGAAGAAGCAAAACCGAUCCAGACUCCACCAAACAGAGCAGGAGGAAGAACAAAAGGCGCAGCAUCAAACAGAUCCAAGCUCCAAAAACCCAACGCCGUCGUCGAUCUCCGUAACCUCUUGACGCAAUGCGCACAAGCAGUAGCGAGCUUUGACCAGAGAAGAGCAACAGAGAAACUCAAGGAGAUCAGAUCAAACUCUUCAAGCAACGGCGACGGAAUCCAAAGGCUGGCCUUUUACUUCGCAGAGGCUCUCGAGGCACGUAUCACCGGAAUCAUCUCACCGCCGGUUUCCACCGCGUUUCCUUCCAGCACGACUUCCAUGGUCGACAUCUUGCAGGCCUACAAGCUCUUCGUCCACACUUGUCCCAUCUACGUGAUGGACUACUUCGCUGCAAACAAAUCAAUCUACGAACUUUCACUGAAAUCAACAAAGCUUCACAUCAUCGACUUCGGUGUUCUCUACGGCUUUCAAUGGCCUUGCCUGUUACUAGCCCUCUCGAAACGUCCCGGAGGACCACCGAUGCUCCGCGUGACCGGAAUCGAGCUUCCACAGUCCGGUUUCCGUCCUUCGGAUCGAGUCGAAGAGACUGGCAGGAGACUGAAGAGGUUCUGCGAUAAGUUCAACGUCCCGUUUGAGUUCAACUUCAUAGCCAAGAAAUGGGAAAGCAUCACUCUUGACGAGAUCAAGAUCAAUCCAGGAGAGACAACGGUCGUCAACUGCAUCCACCGGUUACAAUACACUCCUGACGAGACUGUGUCCUUAGACUCUCCGAGAGACACGGUUCUGAGACUGUUCAGAGACAUCAACCCUGACCUCUUUGUGUUCGCGGAGAUCAACGGAAUGUACAACUCUCCUUUCUUCAUGACGAGGUUCCGUGAAGCGCUGUUCCACUACUCUUCGCUCUUCGACAUGUUUGACACGACAAUACAAGGAGUGGAUGAGUACAAGAACAGGGCGCUGCUGGAGAGAGAGUUGCUUGUGAGAGACGCGAUGAGCGUGAUCUCCAGCGAAGGCGCUGAGCGGUUUGCGAGGCCUGAGACCUACAAGCAGUGGCGUGUUAGGAUUUUGAGAGCAGGGUUUAAGCAGGCAGCGAUAAGCAAACAGAUCUUGAAGGAAGCUAGGGAGAUCGUGAGGAAACGUUACCAUAAAGACUUUUUGAUCGAUAGUGAUAACCAGUGGAUGCUUCAGGGAUGGAAAGGAAGAGUCAUCUAUUCUUUUUCUUGCUGGAAACCUGCAGAGAAGUUAACAGACAAUCAUGUAGUAGUCAUUUGA